AUGAGUGUGAACCAUGAGAAUUAUGACAACUCCUUCAAGAUUGUUAGCAAUCUGUCUUGCACCACCACCUGCUUACCCGCCCUGGCCAAUGUCAUCCAUGACAACUUUGGUUUCGUGGAAGGGCUCAUGACCAUACUCCAUGCCAUUACUGCUACUCAGAAGACUGUGGUUGAGCCCUCUGGAAAGCUGUUGCGUGAUGGCUCUGGGGCAGCCCAGAACAUCAUCCCUGCAUCUACUGGUGCUGUGAAGGCUGUGAGCAAGGUCAUCUCAGAGCUGAACAGGAAGCUUACUGGCAUGGCCUUCCGAGUUCCUAUACCCAAUGUAUCCAUUGUGGAUCUGACAUGCUGCCUGGAGAAAUCUACCAAGUAUAAUGACAUCAAGAAGGUGGUAAAGCUUCUAAACACUGAAGAUCAGGUUGUCUCCUAG